UGAGGCCGUAGGAGCAUGAGAAACUUGACGGGGUGGAGGAGCAGGAGCAGGAGCAGGAGCAGGAGCAGGAGCAGGAGCAGGAGCAGGAGCAGGAGCAGGAGCAGGAGCAGGAGCAGGAGCAGGAGCAGGAGCAGGAGCAGGAGCAGGAGCAGGAGCAGGAGCAGGAGCAGGAGCAGGAGCAGGAGCAGGAGCAGGAGCAGGAGCAGGAGCAGUGUGUCUUGACAUACCCUCACUCCAUCCGAACUGAAGGCUGCAGCUUGUCUGAGUUGGUUGAGAUGUCAGCGAGCCAUGUGAAGCAGGAGGGCACGCGAGGUAGCACGCACGAUGAAGAUCUCGUUCCGAACGUGGAAGGAGGAGGAGGGGGAGCAACGGGCAGAUCGCACUUAGCGGCGGAGAAGGAAGCGAGAAAGAGAACUGGGCAGGCGAAGAAGAAACGGUACGAUCUCCCUAUUCGCCUCAUCAAACAACUCUUGUCGGAUCCUGCACUGCAUGUUCCAGCUCCAUCCAAGGAGGGAUAUCGUAACAAGGCUCUGUACGGACUUGACACCUGCGAGACAAGUAUCCUGGUCAAUCCUACGGUCAACGGAGCGUGUAAGGUUGUGUUUGAGUUUGUAUGUUCGCGCUCCAAGCUCAAGAGAAGCUUCUGGCUGGACGUCUCCUGCAAGAUCACGAUAGGGGGCGACAUCAUGAUGAA